AUGGCCAACUUACCAGAAUCGAUAUGGGGAGACUCAUUGUCAGUAGCGGGUGCAAGCACGUCUACUGCCGUUGAUGCCGAAAAAUUGGCGUCGUUGGAGCAGUGGAUUAAGGCUCUCCAAUCCCAUGAAACCCGAGAACGUGCUCUCAUUGUCCUUUCUAAGAUGAGAGAAAAUCGUGAACAUUUGGCGCCAUUGUUUGGAUUCAUUUGGUACAAUUGCUCUGCUGUUACAGGUAGGGUUGCCACAUUUAUUGUUCAUAAAAUCUUAUCAAAUGAUGAGGGUUUGAGGUAUUGCUGUACUUUUGCUGAACGGUUUUUCGCAGUGGCUCAUAGUUUGAGAGAGAUGGUUGAAAAAGUUGCUGAAGAACCCUCCCAACGGCUGCUAAAGCUUAUUAUUAGUUGUUUUUUUAGACUCUCAGAAAAUCCGAGGGCAUGCGAUGGACUAAGAUGCUGUCUUCCUAGGAGUUUAAAAGACAACACCUAUUUUGGCCUACUACAAAUGAGAGAAAAUCGUGGACAUUUGGCGCCAUUGUUAUGGGAUUCAUUUGGUACAAUUGCUCUGCUGUUACAGGAAAUAAUAUCAGUAUACGUCUUGCUAUCUUCUUCAGCUCUUACAGAAAGAACAUCAAGCAGGGCAUCUCAUGCUCUUGCUCUAUUUCAGUGUGUAGCAUCCCACCCUGAUACAAGGAAGAAGUUUCUCAACGCUCAAGUGCCGCUGUAUCUGUACCCCUUUCUGAACAAUAGGAACAAAGAAAAGUCCCAUGAAUAUCUAAGGCUUGCCAGCUUAGGUGUGAUUGGUGCCCUGGUGAAGUCAAAUGAUCCAGAAGCUAUUAAUUUCCUUCUGGAGACUCGAAUAUUUCCUUGUUGCCUGGUCUGCAUGGAGGUGGGCACUGAAUUAUCAAAAACCGUUGCCACAUUUAUUGUUCAUAAAAUCUUAUCAAAUGAUGAGGGUUUGAGGUAUUGCUGUACUUUUGCUGAACGGUUUUUCGCAGUGGCUCAUCUUUUGAGAGAGAUGGUUGAAAAAGUAGCUGAAGAACCCUCCCAACGGCUGCUAAAGCUUAUUAUUAGUUGUUUUUUUAGACUCUCAGAAAAUCCGAGGGCAUGCGAUGGACUAAGAUGCUGUCUUCCUAGGAGUUUAAAAGACAAUACUUUUUUUGGCCUACUACAAGUAUGCUCUUUGAUAACCUUUCUUCUUCCUGUUAGCUACUUUGAAAUUUCUUAG